UGCUUAUUGUGCCACGUUGAUGGACGGCAGUGGGGACGUGGAAUUCUGUCCAUCUGUAACCGGGACAAAUAUCUCACAACACACAAACUCACGGAUUUCACAAAGUUUUUCCGCUAAUUUACAUUAAUAUCUAUGUAUAUGCGUGAGUAAGUCUGUGCAUGACUGGUGGAAGCACGAGAGGAAAAGAAUGAAGCUAAAACAAAUUAACCGAACAGCCAUCCAGGCCUGGAGUCCAGCAGAGCAGCACCCAAUCUAUCUGGCAGCAGGUACCUCAGCGCAACAGCUAGAUGCCACCUUCAGCACCAAUGCAUCAUUGGAAAUCUUCGAAUUGGAUCUGGCUGAUCCCACUUUGGCCAUGAAGUCAUGUGGCUCUUUUUCAUCUUCACACAGAUACCAUAAACUGGUCUGGGGACCACAUGGCAUUGAAUCCGAGGGACUGCCAUCUGGAGUUUUGAUUGCUGGAGGAGAGAAUGGAAACAUCAUUCUCUAUGACGCCUCCAAAAUCAUUGCUGGUGAUAGUGAGGUGAUCAUUGCCCAGAGCGAGAAACACACAGGGCCAGUGAGAGCGCUCAACGUCAACUCGUUUCAGACCAACCUUGUGGCCUCUGGAGGAAAUGAGUCGGAAAUCUACAUUUGGGAUUUGAACAACUUCAGCUCUCCAAUGACACCAGGACCCAAAAUACAGCCAGCAGAGGACAUCAGCUGUAUUGCAUGGAAUAAACAGGUGCAGCACAUCCUGGCCUCGGCUAGCCCCAGUGGAAAAGCCGCAGUCUGGGAUCUGAGAAAGAAUGACUUAAUCAUUAAAGUCAGCGAUCACAGCAACAGGAUGCAUUGCUCAGGUUUGGCCUGGAACCCAGAGGUGGCCACUCAGCUGGUCCUGGCCUCCGAGGAUGACCGAAUGCCUGUCAUCCAAAUGUGGGACCUGCGUUUUGCCUCCUCUCCUCUAAAAGUGCUGGAGAACCACACAAGAGGUGUGCUGUCCAUAGCCUGGAGUGAAGCAGAUCCAGAGCUGCUCCUGAGCUGUGGGAAAGACAACAGGAUUCUUUGCUGGAACCCCAACACAGCUGAGGUUCUUUAUGAGCUACCCACAAGUGCUCAGUGGUGUUUCGACAUCCAGUGGUGCCCUAGGAACCCGGCUGUGCUGUCUGCUGCUGCCUUUGAUGGACACAUAAGCAUCUAUUCCAUCAUGGGAGGAAACAAUGAUAAUGCCAUAAAUGCAGAGGCUGAUCAGUUAAGUAGCUCAUUUGGAAAUCUGGAUCCUUUUGGCACGGGGAAGACGCUUCCUCCAUUACAACUCCCUCAACCCAAUACCAGCCAAAGCACCGUCACACCUUUAAAGAAACCCCCUAAAUGGAUCCGUCGACCAGUGGGAGCUUCUUUUGCUUUUGGUGGAAAACUAGUUACUUUGGACAACAUCAAGCCUACAGCUCAGCAGCCCCAGCCGACCGCUGCACAUGUUGUUCAUGUCAGUCAAGUUGUGACGGAAACGGAUUUCAUUGAUCGCUCAGACCAACUUCAGGCCACCCUUAAAACAGGCAAUUUUCUAGAGUACUGCCAGACAAAGAUCAAUGCUGCUCAGAAUAUGUUUGAGAAGACUGUGUGGUCUUUUCUAAAGGUCAAUUUUGAAGAUGAUGCACGAGGGAAAUAUUUGGAACAUCUGGGAUACAAGAAGGAGGAGCUAGCCUUAAAGGUUGCAUCAGCACUGGAUGGAAACUGCAAUUCUGAAGAAACCAGUGUGCUCAAAAAGAAAAGUUCUGCAGAAGAAAAUGGAGAACCCCUUGAAGAAGAAAUAUCUGACCUGGAUGAGAUUCCUGUUGAUGAGGAAGAACCUGCUAUUGAGGAGACAUCUGUCACUGAAGAUUCAGCUUCAGCCUCUAAAGAUGUUAUAAAUCUCAAAGUCAGCAAGGAUAUUGAUGGACUGAUCACCCAAUCGCUGCUCACUGGGGAUUACGAAGCUGCUGUCAAUCUAUGUCUUCAUGACAACCGUAUGGCGGACGGCAUCAUUCUAGCUAUUGCUGGUGGUCCAGAGCUUCUGGAAAAGACACAGAAGGCAUACUUCACCAAAACUCAGAGCAAAGUCUCCAAGCUGAUCAGUGCUGUGGUGAUGAAAGACUGGUUGGACAUUUUGAAGACGUGUGACCUUCAGAACUGGAAGGAAGCUUUGGCUGCAGUCAUGACCUAUGCCAGACCUGAAGAGUUCUCAUCUCUCUGCAGUCUGCUUGGCUCCAGGUUGGAGGCUUGUGAUGACAGAGAACUGCAGAUUCAGGCUUGUCUCUGCUACAUCUGCGCAGGCACAGCUGAGCAGCUGGUAGCUUACUGGGCUAAAGCUCAGGACUCUAACAGUCCUUUGUCACUUCAGGAGCUGGUUGAAAAGGUGGUGGUCCUACAGAGAGCUGUACAGAAGGCUCAGGCUGGUAUUGCUCCUGAUAUGGGUAACCUGCUGGCAGAGAAAAUGAAUCAAUAUGCCAGUCUGCUGGCUUCACAGGGAAGCUUAGAGACUGCCAUAUCUUACCUGCCCACUAAUACUGAACAGGUUUCUGUGCAGCAGUUACGAGAGCGACUGAGUAGAGCUUUGGGUCAGCAGCAGGCCGUAGCUGCAGUGACUCCAGCUGUAAUGCAGAAUGUUCAACCAGUGACUCCCGCUGCUGUACCGGGGCAGACGUACACACCAGUCCAAUCACAACCUCCACGGCCCGCUGCUUCGUCUGGACCCCCUCAGUAUUAUCAUCAGGGUAGACCCGCCUCUACUGUCACAUCCUGGAGUAACCAAACCCCAACAGCUCUGCCCAGUUUCCCUCGCCCGCUAGUACCCGCUGCAGACCCGCAGGCUGAGCCCAUACCUCCACCUUUUGGCGUUCAUUCUUCAGGGAGUGUCACUGCACCUGCCUCUACUCCUUUCAUGUACUCUCAGCAGUACCAGAACUACCUCCCUGUUCAGCGGUUCCCACCUGCCGCUGGGGCACCAACCAUCUAUCAACCUCUCCAACACUCUACGGCUUCUUCUCUUCCUCAUCCACCUCCAUCUUCUUCUUCCGCUGCUGUCUAUCCUCCGCAGAUUGCACCAUCUGCCUCCUCUCAGCCGGCACCUCCUCCUAUGUUUUCUGGGGCUCCUCCUUUACAAGGAGGCCAGCCUUUCUCUCCUCCUCCCUUCUCUUCUGGAGUCUCUUUUCAGCAUGGUGGGCCGGGGUCGCCCACAGAUUAUCUUCCGCACGUUGUACGGAGAGCUUCAGGUACGGAGAUUGAACCAGCCCUGAUUCCAGCCUCCCAGAGAACAGGAGGAAUAAACCAAGAUACCUCCUGGUUUUUGGAUGGACCCCAGAACGGAUGGAAUGAUCCUCCUGCACUCAACAGAGCACCCAGAAAGAAGAGCAUCCCAGAAAACUUCACACCCCCUGCUCCCAUCACAGCGCCAAUUAUGACCCAUCUGGGGGAUCCUCAGACCUCAAUAGCGCCUGGUAUGCAGACACAUCUACCAUCACAACAGCAGGCUCCAGAUCAGCCUAUUGCCCCAGCCACUUUCAACCCUGUCCAACAGCAUCCCAUGGGUCCCCCAACCCGAAAUCCCAACAUGCCUCAGGUGAACAUGGAAGGUGCACCUGGAGCACCAAUUGGAGAUAUUAUAAAGGCCAUACCUACUGAGAAGAUCAUCAAAAAACCAAUCCCGGAGGAGCACUUGAUUCUGAAGACGACAUUUGAAGGACUAAUCCAGAAGUGCUUGACUGCAGCCUCAGACCCGCAAACCAAGAGGAAAUUGGAUGAUGCUCACAAGAGGCUUGAAUAUCUCUAUGACAAGCUAAGAGAACAGGCUCUGUCUCCGGCUAUUGUAAGUGGCCUUCACAAUAUGGCACGCAGUAUUGAGAGUCGCUCUUACACCGAUGGACUCAGCAUCCACACACACAUCGUAAGCAACAGCAACUUUAGUGAAACCUCAGCCUUCAUGCCAAUCUUGAAGGUGGUGCUGACACAGGCCAACAAACUGGGGGUUUGACAUCUUCACAAACUCAAUUACAAACUCAAAAAACAGUAUUCUCACAAAUCUUAAGCCAUCAUUUAGUAAGGACCAGAUGUGCAUAUAUUUUGCCUGUCUAAGAAGUGUGGGAUAUUGCAGUGUCCCGAGUUCCAGGUUAUGUCAUUUGUUUAUUCUUUUAAUUUUUUUGUCAUAUGUAUUUUAAAUGUUGAUAUUAUGAAUUUGUAAUCAUGACAGAGCUGAGUGCAAUAGGGCUUUCCCCUUUUAGUUGAAAUGCAAAGUGAACUUUGCGAAAUGAAAUGCAUGUCUUAUGCUUUAUGUAAAAAAUAGCGAAGUAAGAUGAUAAUUGUAUGAAGUGCAUCAUGCAUAAAACAAUAGAAGCCUCAGUCAUUUUGCAUUUUAAUUGUUGGAUCUUUCAUGUUUGAUUUUUAGCAGAUUUUAUGUUUACAAUUAUUGGGAAACCUCUUUUUUUGUUGUUGUUUUGUUUCUCAAAAUAUUUUAUUUACUUUAUGCUUCUGCAAAAGCGGGUUAAUAUAACAACAUGGUAACAAGCAAAAUCAUUUUGAAUAAAUUAUAUUUAUUUGA